AUGCGCUCGCGCAGCAUCCUCGUGGCCUUGACGGCUCUCGCGUGCAUUCAACGGGAGUUGUCAAAGAUGCUCAUCUUGUUCCCACGCAUCGCCACAUCCAGCGAAGCGACCUCGGCCAUCCAUCGCUACAGCUCGAUAUCCUCAUCUGUGUUGCAGUCCUUACUCCUUCCUUCCUCGGAUGUUGCCGCAUCCUCGAGACCUCGUCUCUGCCUUCUCCUGCUAACAUAUCCUCGAGCCCUCAUUUUGCCUGAUCUCCAAAACCAUGCUCCUUCCUCGACUCUCCUGCCCGCCUUCUCCAUAAAGAAUAUGUCGACCAAAUUUGAGCUCAACGGCAAGCGGGAAGGUCGUAACGUCGGACAGCCCCAGACAUUUCUGAACGCUCUGGUGUCGGCGCGUGGAGGUUUGAAAGCGGCCAACUGGGGACUGUUAGUGAUUUUGCUCGAGAAAGCGACAGCAGAGACGCUUCUUUCCUCUGCUUGCUAUGCUGAUGACAAUGAUCCCGUCGCCGCUAUCGCCGCUUGCCUGCUCCUCACUACGGUGUUCGCCGCUGCCGCCGCCGUCGAUCUCGCUGUCAGGGCGUGA